UUUACCUUCUACUCAUACAAAUUAGAAGCCCAAUCCAAAUUACCUCAUAGGCUCAUAGCCCAACCUUACACUUUUUUUUUUUCUAACCUGAGCAAAACGACUGAGCGACAUCCACCCGGACGGCAAACGAUCAGAACUCCGGCGAUCGGAGACUGACCAAUUUCAGAGUCUCUCAUUCGCUCACUUUCCUCAAAUCCCUAAUUCACAAUUUCAAAUGUGCAUUUAUGUGAUAACAGAUCCAAGGUUAUAUUUAUAAAGGAGAACAUUUUCCAUAGGAAUUACGUCGCCAUCAUCAUCAAUCAAGACUGGAAAAUUUAAACCUUUUACAGUAAAGCAAGCAAUCACAAGUUGAAAUAGAAGAUGAAUUCAAUUGACGAAAUGGGUGAGCUGAGACAUGUCCAAACCCUUGAAGGUCAUACAGAUCGAGUGUGGGGCCUUGCAUGGAACCCCACGAACACCAACCUUCUCGCUUCCUGUAGCGGCGAUAAGACUGUUCGUAUCUGGGAACAAUCUCCCUCCUCUGCUUCCUUCCACUGCAAGGCAGUAUUGGAGGAAACACACACGAGAACUAUCAGAUCAUGUGCUUGGUCUCCUUCGGGGAAUAUGUUGGCUACUGCUAGUUUUGAUGCUACUACUGCCAUUUGGGAAAAUAUUGGUGGUGAUUUUGAAUGCAUCUCAACUUUGGAGGGUCAUGAAAAUGAAGUGAAAAGUGUGUCUUGGAAUGCAGCCGGGUCUUUAAUUGCUACAUGUGGGCGAGACAAAUCUGUUUGGAUAUGGGAGGUUGAGCCCGGAAAUGAAUUUGAGUGUGUGUCAGUUUUGCAAGGUCAUACGCAGGAUGUCAAAAUGGUCCAGUGGCACCCUACUGUGGAUGUCUUGUUUUCUUGUAGCUAUGAUAAUAGUAUCAAGAUAUGGGCCGAAGAUGGGGAUGAUGAUUGGCAUUGUGUUCAAACACUAAAUGAGGCCAACAGUGGGCAUACUUCAACAGUAUGGGCUUUGUCUUUCAAUGCUAGUGGUGACAAAAUGGUAACCUGUAGUGAUGAUCUUACUAUUAAAGUGUGGGGAACUGACAGCCUGCAUGCAGAAUCUGGUGAUGGCUUUGCACCUUGGAAACACCUUUGCACUAUCUCAGGCUAUCACGAUCGCACGAUAUUUUCAGUUCAUUGGUCAAGGAAUGGUGUAAUUGCCACUGGGGCUGCAGAUAAUGCUAUACGCUUGUUUAUUGAGAACAAUGAUGGGCUGGUAGACGGCCCCAUGUACAAACUACUAUCAAAGAAAGAAAAGGCUCAUGAAAUGGAUGUGAAUUCUGUACAAUGGAGUCCUGCGGAAAAACCGUUGCUUGCCUCAGCGGGCGAUGAAGGAACAAUUAAGAUAUGGGAGUGCGCAUCUACACCAUGAUUCUGCUUCUCCAGAUCAAGAACCUGUUUUGCCUUGUUUCCUCGUUCUGUACUCUAUCUGUCGAAUUGAUGUGGCUGUCUUUUCUGUCCUUGCAAGUUGGAGUCGUAGCUAAGCUACAUGUAUUCCUAUGUAAUCUCAAUUCCAAAAUUAAUAUAGAUAUAUAAUUAUAUAUACUCUAUACCAAAAAUUAAUGGUGUGUAACAGAACCAUUAGGAUUUAGGUGAAGAUUUGUAAAUCUUAUCAGGUUCUUUGAUUGAGAAUUAGUGAAGUGCUAAGAAGUAUCUUCCUAGCGAUUUAUUAAUGUUGUUUUGUUGGGGAUUUAUGAGUUUAUCAUCAUCUGACAUGAAUAUUUGUACUGUAUAUUGAAUACUUUA